ACCACACAGCGCGCGAUGAUCAGAGAAUUUGCGGGAGUUUAUAUCUUGGGGGUGGUGGCACGACUGGAAGUAUCGUUGCCAUGCUCCUUCUUCGUUUGCCACUCUGUGGAGGACCCUGAAGGCGCAACGGGCUGAGACACGAUUUGCGAGUGCUGGACGUCAUACCUGGACAGGUGUACUCCUCCUUCGGACCGCCACCAGCUAGCUGCGUAUUUACUGGACCCUAUACUUGCAUUGCUAUCUUUCUUGGACCUACUUCUUCUGUCGCUUGUUGUUAGUUGCCCUGUCGCUUUCGCGCCCAAGCCCUCACGCCCCAGUCCUCCCUCCCAGACUACGCUACCCCACCUCGGCUGGCUCACGCAAGUCGCGUGACGACGUACCCCGGUACAUCACCUAUCCCCGAUCCGAUCUUGGAGGAGAAAAAGUAAAGUCGAGCUUCGACAAUGGAUUUGCACAUCGACCGCCUCCCCGAUGAGGGACUAUCAAGAGCUUCCUUGGACUCGGAUAGUAGUGCGAUUGAGCGCUUAAGAUGGCGCAACCACCCGCAGAUCAUAUCGCCGAACCCGGAGUCGGUGGAGCGGAACCCCUUCGAGGAUCCGACGUAUGUGACGCAGCUGGAGAGGGUGGAGGGUGCGAGUGAGAGGAGCAGGAGUCAAGUGAGGGAAGGCCAGAUUGCGGAGAACGAGAAGGUUAGCUAUGAUGGGCAGGGGGAGGGAAUGAAUAGGAGGGUUCUGAGUGGGGAGAGCAGGGGGGGUAUGAGGGGCAGGGGGGACAUGGGGCUCAGGCAGGGUGUGGAAAGAGAAGAGGAUCCGAGGCGCACGUUGAGCUGGAGGGAGAGGCUGAGGCAUUUUACUUGGACGUGGUUUACCAUGACGAUGGCGACGGGAGGGAUUGCUAAUGUGUUGUGGACCGUCCCCUUCCGCUUCCACGGCCUGUACGCCCUCGGCUGCAUCUUCUUCAUCCUCAACAUAGUUCUCUUCGUCUUCAACGUCACCAUGAUCUCCCUGCGCUUCUACUACUUCCCGCGCACCUUCAAAGCCAGCUUCCUGCAUCCCACGGAGAGUUUGUUCAUCCCUGCGGCGGUCAUCAGUUUCGGUACUAUUCUGAUCAAUAUCAGUCAGUAUGGGGUUGAUCGGACGGGGUACUGGCUUGAGAAGACUAUGUGUGUUCUCUACUGGUGCGAUUGCGGGCUUGCGAUUUGCUUUUCGAUUGGGAUUUAUCUGAUCAUGUGGUCUACCCAAACCUUCACCAUCUCCCAAAUGACACCCGUCUGGAUCUUCCCCGCCUACCCUCUCCUGAUCAUCGGCCCGCACGCCGGAAACCUCGCCCCGAAAGUAUCCGAUCCGGAUAAGGCCUUGAAAAUAAUACUCUCGGGUUACGUCAUCCAAGGCAUCGGCUUCCUCGUCUCCCUCAUGAUCUACAGCGCCUUCAUCUACCGCCUCAUGACGCAGAAACUCCCCAAAGAAUCUCUGCGGCCCGGCAUGUUCAUCAGCGUCGGCCCCUCGGGCUUCACCAUCGCAGCCAUCGUCACGAUGGGCCAACACCUCCCCAACGUCGUCGGCAAAGACUUCAUGGGCCCCGGCCUGGGCGAGCUCGCCGGCAACGUCAGCAAGAUCUGCGCUAACUGGAUCGGCCUGUGGCUGUGGGGCCUCGCGUUCUGGUUCUUCCUCAUCAGUGUCGGCGCGCACUUGUCUUGUGCUACGCGCGGAAAGAUGGACUUCGCCAUGACGUGGUACAGUUUCAUUUUCCCUAAUACCGCCCUAACGACGGCUACUUUCGCCAUCGCCCGCGCGCUGAAUCAUAAUCGCACGAUUCAGUAUAUUGGGUGCACGAUGACUAUCUGCCUUAUUAUCCUGUGGUUCUUCGUCUUUGGCAUGAUGAUUCGCGCCGUGCGGCUGAAGCAGAUCCUUUGGCCGCAGAAACAGGAGGAUCGGACGGAAGGCGGGUGGACGCAGGAGCCAGCGGAGUUGCAGAGACGGAGGAGGGUGGAUGGGACGGAUAGUGUGGAGGAUGGGGUGGGUAGGAGUUGGAGUUUGAGUCGCGCGUGGAGUCGUAGGGGGAGGGGGAGUGGUGAGGGGAUUCACGGGAUUCACGGGAGGGGCAGGGAGGUGGAGAGACCGGCGACGGGGGAGAGGAGGAGGAGAUGGAGUUUUAGGAGGGAGGGGAGUCGGCGGAGUUAA